AUGGCGAACAUCAUCAGCCACAAGAGCCAAUUUGUGGUGGGAGGCAAGUACAAACUGCUGAGGAAGAUCGGGUCAGGAGGCUUUGGGGAGAUUUACCUUGCGAUUAACAUCACCGACGGCAGGCAGCUGGCCGUGAAGUUAGAAUCGCAGACUGCCAACAGUCCAAAACUGCUGGAAGAGAGCAAACUGUACACAAUUCUUCAGGGUGGGGUUGGCAUCCCUCGCAUCAAGUGGCAGGGCCAGGAAAACGGCCAUAAUCUGCUAGUCAUGGAUCUUCUUGGGCCCAGCCUCGAAGACCUCUUCAAUAUGUGUUCUCGAAAGUUUACGCUGAAAACCGUGCUUAUGUUGGCAGACCAGAUGAUCAGUAGAAUUGAAUAUGUGCACAAGAAGAAUAUCAUACAUGGGGACAUUAAGCCGAGUAACUUUCUAAUGGGCACUGGCUGUCACUGUGAAGCAUGUUUGGAGAAUCCAGGGAGAAAGAGGAAGAGAAGCAGGACUGUCAGCACGACUCAGGAUGACAAGGAUAUAUCCUUGUCAGUAGAAGACCAGCUCUUCCUUAUUGAUUUUGGUCUAGCCAAAAUGUACAGAAAUGAUGAAACAAACGAACACAUCCCUUACAGCGAAGAUAGAGCCUUUAUUGGCACAGCCCGCUAUGCAAGUAUCAAUGCACAUCUUGGAAUUGAGCAGAGUCGCCGAGAUGACAUGGAGUCUAUAGGCUAUGUUUUGAUGUAUUUUAAUAGAGGCAACCUGCCCUGGCAACUACUGACGGUGACACAGAUUAAACAAAGCCUUGACAAGAUUCGUGAAAAGAAGAUGGCCACGCCUGUUGAAGUUCUGUGUCAGGGGUUUCCUGAUGAGUUCGCCACCUAUUUGAACUACUGUCGUGCGCUGCAGUUUGAGGAAGCCCCCGAUUACACCUAUCUGAGGCAACUCUUCCGCAAGCUCUUUACAACUAUGGACUAUAAAUAUGACUACACCUUUGAUUGGAAUCUGUUAACGAAGAGUGAAGCAAAGCAGGCAGCAUCUUCCAGCGCCAGGUUCUAG